AUGCCUGCCAGCGAGCGAAUCCCGCCGGUUAAGACCGAGCGAUCUCAUGAAGAGAACCAGGAGAGAGCAUACAUCGCAGCGUCGAGACGCGCCGACCGAAGCCUGGAGGCCAGAGUCCAGUCCGCCAGGAUGGCAUCCGAGAUCCACCGCAGGCGGACGGGCCGGGGUCUCAAGGUCACCGAAGAGAUUGUCAUCAAGGAGGAGAUGUACGAGGAGGAAGAGGAUGAUCUGCCGAGACAGUUCAGGUAUUUGACGCAGCACCUCCAAACCAACUCGCCCGCCAUGAACCAACGGGUCAAUGCCUACGUUACGACGCAGGCUGCCAUGGCGACAAUGGCAAGGUACAACGAGGUCAACCGUUUGUUCAGCGAAUCGUUCCCAACAGCUGCGGCGUACCAGCAGCAACUCAACUCGUCCGUCUACAUGACACCCUUGAUGGACAACAACAACAAUAACGCCCAAUUCAGUCCUACCUCCCCAACCAUGCCUUCGCCAACCACCCACGGUGACAGUUCAGUCUUCGGCAUGGACAGACGCAUUUCCACGGCUACCAAUGCCAGCUCAACGACGACUGCGCGCGGCACCUCAGUAUCAUCCCCACCGGCCUUGUCUCCCGGUUCCGCCACAUUGGAGACGCCAGAGUCGAGAUCUACGCCGUACCAGGCUCCAGCCCAGGCGUUCCCCAAUUUUGAUCCUCAACUGAACCAGAACACAUCGUCUUUCACGUCCGAGCUUCCGAAUGAAAUCAAGAUGCUCGGUAUGGCCAACGUCGACCCAAGCGACCCAAUGGCGCCGUUCUUUUUCGGCGGCAACCCCUCGGCUUACCAGAUGUUUGGGCAGCACCCAGAGAGGACGAAGCCCGAGCUGAGCCUGCACACCUCUACUAUCCCCGAGCCUGCUGGCGACCUCGCCUCGCCCCAAGACUCCCUUGAGCCAUUCGACGAGUCUCUGUUCUCCCCAGUGGAGUCGUUCACGGGUCAUUUUGACAACUUCUCCACCAUGGGCACCCCUGCUGGCGGGAUGAACGAGAACACCUGGGAUAAUCUGAUUGAUUUUGGUUCGGAGCAAUGA